UCUUGCGCCGUACUCGUCGCUUUUCGAGCGCUCGCGGCAAUAUAAUCGAAGCAUAAAUGCCGCGUUGCGUUUCACCGAAAAGCAUGACCGUCGUGGACAAGGAUGAGAUCGAGCAUAAUAUCCAGUACUCCACGGAGAUGAUGCACUGGUUGCUUCAAAUCAUGGGACUGUGGCCCAACAUAGCUUAUCCGAAAAUUUUUCGGGUGCUCUUGAUCGGCCUUGUCUCGACUGUCAUGAUUCUUUUCACUGUGCCCAUCGCUCUCAACAUUUUGCUUGUCGUCAAGGACUUCAAGACGAUGCUCAAACUGGUCGGGCCAUUGAGCUUCGCCUUGAUGUGCAUCUUCAAAUACAUAGUCGUGUUACUACAAGAGGGCCAACUGUGCGAGUUCCUCGAAUGGAUAGCGAACGAUUGGCGGUCGGUGCAUAGCCCAGAAGAGAACAGUCUGAUGCUGGAGAAUGCCAAAUCAGCGAGAACCUUUACCACAUUCUGCUCCAUCAUCAUGUACAUCAGCGGCACGUCUUACAGCGCGCUUUUUAGCUUCAUGAUGUCCCCCAUCGUCGUCAAUAAUAAGACCACCAGAUUGUUUGCCGUUCCUAGCUACUUUGUUUUUUUCGAUCCUCACGAUCACUUUCCCGAAGUGUACACGUUGCAAGCGGUGGCCGGCUACAUCCAAUUCACGAUCACCAGCGCCGUGGCGAGCAUCGCCGUCGCCUGCGUGAUGCACGUCUGCGGCCAGAUCGCAGUGACGUCCUGGAUGUUGCGUAACGUUAAUGCCGGCUCCUUCGACGCCACCAUCUUUGGCCGUCUUGUCGACAAACACCUCCGCGCCAUCACGUUGGCCAAAAAAUUGGAAGACUACUUGAACAGCAUGUGCCUGAUAGAAUUGAUGGGUUGCUGCUUCAAUAUCUGCAUGCUUGGCUAUUACUUCAUCACGGUUUAUCGCAACCAAAAUUUGGUCCUGUUCAGUACUUAUUGUGUGUUAUUCGUCUCGUUUACCUUCAACAUGUUCAUCUUUUGCUAUAUUGGAGAGCAGCUGACUGAAAAGUCGUCGAAAUUUCAGUGUGGAAAUAUCGGAAGCGCUGCUUACAACGUCGACUGGUAUUGCCUGUCAGCCAAAGACGCCAAAUAUCUCUUGAUGACAGUCGCGUCGACCAAACGUCCAGUCGUGCUGACUGCCGGAAAAUUUGCCACGCUAUCCAUGGCUUCCUUCUCCAGUAUUUUGAAAACGUCAUUUUCGUAUUUAAACAUGCUGAAAACUGUAACCUGUUUAAUCAGCGAGGGGUCGAGCUCGCAGCGUGCCGACGCCUCAGUCGUCCGUCCACGCUCGCGCCGAUCUCCGUGCGCGCUGGCUGAGUAUCCGCGAUCGCCACGGCGAGCGAGCAUGUCGAAGGCUGUCGGCAGAGAGGAGCCAGCGGAGGUGGACGAGAGCGAGACUGCCAAAAAUUACGAGCAAUCGGUAAAGACGAUGCGCCUGCUGCUCCAAAGCAUGGGCAUGUGGCCGAUAACUUCGCCGACCUAUCCGAGCUCCCUGCGCUUCUUCUUCAUCGCGACGGCGUUUCUGCUGCUGCUGUUGUUUCUGCUACCAAUAGGACUACAGACCUUCUACAUCGUUGACGAUCUCAAAGAGCGAGUGCGCAACGUCGGUCCCUUCACGUUCGGCGUGAUGAACGUGAUCAAGUACACGACGGUGAUAGCGCGGAAAGACAAGCUACGCGAGUGCCUGGAUUGGCUGGCGAGCGACUGGCGCAGGACGAAGAAGCGCGCGUACAACGAGCUGAUGCUCAGCAGCGCGGAGACGGGUCUCGCCUUCACGGCGAUCUGCGCGUCGUUCAUGUUGGUCGGCGGCAUGGCCUACACCUGUUUGUUCAGCUUCAUACAGGAGCGCGUGGUCGUCAACAACGUCUCCCGUAGAGCCUUUUCCUACCCGGGCUACUUCGUGUUCUUCGAUCCCCACGAUCACUUCUACAAGAUCUACGCGCUUCAGUCGAUGUGCGGCUACGUGGCGUUCGCGACCACCGCCGCCGUCGCGAGCAUCGCCGUCGCCUUCGCCAUGCACAUCUGCGGCCAGCUCUCCGUCGUGUCCUACAUGAUACGCAGCCUCGCCAGUCGCGACUUCGAUAAGGAGGCGUUUCAGCGCACCGUGGAGAAACACCUUCGAGCCCUGAGCCUCGCCAAAAAGUUGGAGGAUUUUCUGAGCGGCAUCUGUAUGGUGGAAAUGCUGGGCUGCUGCUUCUGCAUCUGCUUGACGGGAUAUUACGCCGUCACGGAGUUCGAUCUUCACAAUCUCGCGCCCUACACUUACUGCGUGCUGAUGGUAUCUUUCACGUUCAACAUCUUCACGUUUUGCUACAUCGGCGAGCAGCUUUCCGAGCAGUGCAGCAAUAUCGGCAACGUCGUUUACAACGUCAGCUGGUACCGUUUGUCAUCGAACGACGCUCGGAGUCUUCUCAUGAUAAUAAUGUCAACGCACCGCCCAGUGGUUCUGACAGCAGGAAAAAUGACGAGCUUGUCGAUACUCAGCUUUUCCAAGGUUCUAAAAGCCUCGUUAACGUACUUGAAUAUGCUGCGGACUGUCACGAACUAUUAAUCUAAUCGACAAUUUGCACGCAAGUCCACCUUCUUUUGUUCGCUGUAUAUAGAGCGGUCGAUCUGACGAGGGCAAGGUUUUUCAGCUAGAACAUAAAUAAUUAGCAAUUCAUACAAUUAAGUUGAGAAAUAACAAGUUAUCGGUUAUUACUGUGAGUCGCUGUGUUGGACCUACACAGUUAUGAUGCGUGUAAAAGUUCUUCUUUCACAGCCUUCCAAAAUUGGUGGAGAAGGCUGGCAGCAUAGCUCUCAUAACUUUAUAGGGAAACAAAGCUAAUGCGUACAUCUGUAUCUACCCAGUAAACCCCUGCAACGUUCAAAACGAACGUAAUGUUUGAAUUCACAAUAACAAUAACAUUUUCAACGUAAUCGUCUUUACUUUU